AUGGCUCUUUCAAUUGCAGAGCUGGCUCCCCAAGAUGAAAAGCUCCAACUGCUUUUGGAAGCUAUCGACUCGGCGUCGCGUGGUACACUCCAGGUAGUCUUAAAGGCAAUUUAUCAAGAUGAUCAAUCUAUCAGGGAUCGCGUGUCGAACUCGCUUCUUAUUACCGAGGAUCAAGUCCGAAUACCUUCGAAAGAUGAUGAGGAAAGCGAUGAGGAGGGGAGUGAGGACGAGAAGGACGAGGAUGAUGAGGAUGAUGAGCAGUCAGAGUCAGAGGACGAAAACCCACGGUCCGAAAGAAGAAGAUCGAACCAACAAGCUACGGGCUCUAAGCGACUUCGACAUCGUUAUGCCUAUUGCGAAAACUGCGAUAAGGGGUUUGAUGUUACGAAGAAUACAAAACCAGCUGAAGAUAUCAUACAGACAAAAGAUUGA